AUUUAAAUACAUAUCUAAAUGGUUACAGAUACAGACCUGACACAAGCUGUAUAUAUUGAUCAUUUACAGUAUUGAACCGAUAGCCUAAACGCUUAGAAGGUAAACUUACCGUACAACUAUGGCGGAAUAUAAGGGGGCCGGUUCUGAGGCCGACAGAGCCUUGAUGCUUGUUAAACGACGCGAAGCUGCAUCGCUGGACGCGGAGAGGCAACGCGAGACAAUUUCUAAGGCUAAUAAAACUGGGUUGAAAGACAUGAAGACGAAGUUUCAGUCUACCAUAGAUUGGACCGCAUCGCAAAUGACACAGAGCACGGUGGGCCUGGUAAAGCUGAAUGAUUUCAAGAACACUCGUGCGCGGAUUGAGGCAGAGAAAGAACGGGAAGAAAGAGAGGUGAAAGAGAGAUUGGCACAGAAAAAAAAAGAAGACAGGAAGAGGCGGCGAAAGGAACAGAAGCGGACCACAGUGUUGUCAUUCGACCACGAUGAGGAUGGCGAUGACGAGGAACUCGCGGGGGCUUCAGCAGAACGAAUUAUUGUGAGCAGUAAGAAAGCGAAGAAGGAUCCGUCCGUUGAUACAUCAUUCCUGCCCGAUAAAGAACGAGAGGAUAUAGAGAAUGGCAUUCGUGAGAAACUUGCGAAGACUUGGCUGGAGAAACAAAAAAAAAUACAAGACGAACCUAUUAGUAUAACUUACAGUUACUGGGACGGCGGUGGUCAUCGCCGAGUAGUACAGGUCAAGAAGGGUGACUCGAUCAGGAAGUUUCUAGAGAAAUGCCUGGAAACGUUGAGAUACGAAUUUCAUGAUCUGCGGUCGAUAUCUGUGGACAGCCUCCUGUAUAUCAAAGAGGAUUUAAUAAUUGCUCAUCAUUUUACCUUCUACGAAUUUAUCAUCAAUAAAGCGCGCGGGAAGUCUGGGCCGCUAUUCAAAUUCGAUGUGCACGAUGAUAUACGUAUGGUUUCCGAUGCCACAGUAGAGAAAGACGAGACUCACGCUGGUAAAAUAGUCACACGCAGCUGGUUCGACAAAAACAAACACAUCUUCCCGGCAAGCAAUUGGGAGGAGUACGAUCCGCAGAAGGACUACGGAUCCUACAAAAUUAAGUAG